UGCCUAAGCCCAAACCUUAUCCCACCAUAAACCCCAUUCAUUUUCCUUCCAACCAAAUCGUUCAAACCACUCAGCUUCGUCUUCAUACCACAACACAGAGACAUGUUCCCAUCAUCAUCUCCCACCUCACUCCACACCCCAAUCCUUCACCACCGUUACUGUCACCACCCUACACCGUCCCGCACCCAGUUCUCCCCUCUCACCCUCCCACCCUUCCGUCACACCCUCUCCUUCCUCGUCCCUCCGCCGCUUCUUCCGGCUGCGCGCGCCAUCCCCGCCGCAUCCGCCGCGAAGGGCGACAAGUCCGGCGAGCAGAAGUGGGUCCUCGAGGGUCUGGUCAUGGAGUCCCUCCCGAACGGCAUGUUCCGCGUGCGCCUUGACAACGAGGACUUGAUUCUAGGCUACAUCUCCGGCAAAAUCCGCAAGAACUACGUUCGGAUCCUCCCCGGCGAUAGAGUCAAGGUCGAGGUCACCCGCUACGACUCCUCCAAAGGACGCAUCGUUUACAGGCUCCGCAGCAGCACCCCCUCCUAAUGUUUGUCAAAAUUACUCACACAGCAACAACGUAUAGGAACAAUCCAGUUUCACUGUAUCGUUCUUGUAUAAAAAAAUUACUAAAAAAAGAAUGAUAAUGCUUCACGCUGCAAUUUGGCGCAAUUUAUUUCAGUUUAGGUUUCUUCUUUUGAGUCACUCUUGUCUUAUUGGUAGUUGUUAGACUAAGCAAUGUUUUCAAUUCCGAAUCCUUGAUAUUGCAGGAAAAUUGCUGUGAAUGCGAUACUAAAAUGUUGACCGUGAGUGUGUUAGAUUUUUACCUUCAGUGACGUGUUUAUGGUGAAAUUGGGUGAAAUUUUCUUUUUUUGGAUAAA